CCUGCAUCCCGUAGCUGGUCUUGAAGCAAGCCAGCAGGCAAGCUAAUGAAAUCCACAGCUGCAAAGGAGGAGGAAGAAGAAGAGGGAGGGUCUGUGAGAGAGAGACCCACACGAAUCGGACUGCCAAAGGGAGGUUUAGAGGUGGUUAGGUAGCUACUUGAUACUAAUCAAAGGGACACCCGUACUAGUAUUGGAAUCAUCAAUUGGGUUUAUGACAAAAAAAACAAUAAAUCAGAUUCCGGUACUGUACCCUUCGGGAAAUCGUGGAAGCGUAAUUCAACGUGAACGGCGUUGACACCUCGCUGACAUCAUGGCAGAAUUUAGCAUCGAUCAGAACAAACUGCCUGGAGUAAAAGAAGUUGUUCGGGAUUUUGCUGUUCUGGAGGACCACUGCCUGGCCCAUAACCUCCAGGAGCAGGAAAUCGAGAGCCACUUGGCUUCCAACGUCCACAAGAGCCGUCUGGUGCAGCAGGACGUAGCGUUGGCCAAGCAGCUGCAGGAAGAGGAGGACCGGAGGGCCAAGGCCAAGGCCCACAGACAGCACAGAGACAUUGAGCGCAGUGACAAUGAGAUCGCCCAGGAGAUUCAGGAGGAACUGGUCCGGCAGGCCAAGCAGCAGCGGAUGCAGGAGGAGAAGGAUGCGGCCAUCGCUCGUAAACUGCAGGAGAAAGAGAGGAAGGAGGAGAGGAAGCGACAGAAGCAGCUGGAGGCCAACUUUGAGGAGGAGUACUACGAGGAUAAUGCCAUCCUCCCUCCCCUCAACCCAGCCAGCCGAGCUUCUCUGGACCUGGAUGACAAACCCAGGUGGCCUGGUUCUAACUCUCUCUCUUUGGAGAGAGAUGCUGUGGAGACUAGAACCAACUCUCUUUCCAGAUACCCUGAGCACCAUUUAGAGGGUAGGGAGGGGAGAAGGGGCAGGCAUGGAGAUGCACACCCUGAGCACCACUGCUCCAGUAGCAGGGGCAAACAUGGAGACGGGUACCCCGACUACCACCACCCCACUGAGGGUAGAAGCAGAGGGAAGGAGGGCCAGAGGCGCAGAGACCACCAGGGGUCCCAGUCAACCUUCUUUGCAGACAACCAUGAGCCCAGGAGACAGCGAGAGGAGGAGGGGGAUAGGGUGGUCAGGAGGAAGGAGAGGCCCGCCCGGCCGCCCCCACCAUCCCAUAUCCCUGUGAAGAGAGACGAGGCUUCGGAUAGAGCGAGACACCGGGAGUGGGAGAGAGACGGGGAACGAGACAGACAGAGAGAACCCAGGAGAGAUGAGGAAAUUGAGAGAGACUCACCAAGACAGGAAAGACACGGGGAGCGAUUGAGAGAGCAUAGCCGAGACAAAGACAGACACCGAGAGAGAACCAAAAGCAGGGAACGAGGUCUGGAUGAAGUUCAGGACGAGCCCAUCCCCAGUAGCCGCAGCAGGGCCUGGGACAGUGGUGGGGAGGAGGCCCCUAGCCCUGGGGAUGAAGAGGGGAAAGGGGGGGCCAGGGCCCGCCUGACGCUCCUCUCUGGCCCCAGUGAGCUGUGUGAGGAGGCGGCAAGGAGGAGCCCCAGGAUGGGGAGAGAGCGAGGGGAGAGGGGACACAGGGACCCUGGGGAGGGCCCCAGCACGGGCAAGGAAUGCUCCCAUACUCACCCCGCUCCCAGGGAGCCAGGUCGUAUUGUUCAAGGAGGACCAGGGAAUUACGGGCUGGGCGAGGCCACCCAGGGCAUCACUAAGCUGGACCUGCGGGAGCAGGAGCUGCUGGACAUGGAGGUGGCCCGGAAACUACAGGAGGAAGAGGUGAAGGCAAGCAAGAUGGACAAGCGUGCGGCCCAAGUGGCUCAGGAUGAGGAGAUAGCCCGGCUGCUGAUGGAGCGGGAGAAGAUGGAGUACAAGAAGUCCAGAGAGAAGGAGAAGCAGGGGAUGAGGCCCGAAGAGAGGAGGAGGCCAGAGGGAGGAGACUACAAGCCAAGCUCAGAGGAGGUAGUGCAUCCCAGACUACGAGAGGAGGAAUACCAGAAGCCCAGGAACCACCAAAAGCCUGCCAGGUGCUGGCCUCACUCUGUCAUUAGCCUGCCAGGCCUUCUCAACCUCCUCCCCAUAACUAUGAGAAUGUGGAGUCCAGCUACUCAGGGAGCCACUAUUCUUCCGGGUCUCCAGCGCGACCUGAGGCGUCUUACAAAGGUGUCUAUUACAGACAGUGACCGAGGCUUCCUAAACCAUCCAUCUGAGUUUUUAUUUGUUUUUUUUUUUCAUUGCUGUAUUUUUAAAACUCCCAUCACUUUCUAUUGGCCAAGAGCCUUGGAACAAUGUACCUAGUCAUUGGCAGUGGGUUCGGGGAGGGUGUUGGUCAAGAGGGGCAGCUGAGAGCUGAAACUCACACCAUGUCAUUUGUUUUCUAUUUUAAUUGGCGCGACAACAAAGACAACCGAAAGGAGACGCCUAGUGAUAUUCUAUCUCCUUCUGGCUCUUAACUAUGGAUGAUGGUGACAUUCUAUCUCCUUCUGGCUCUUAACUAUGGAUGAUGGUGACAUUCUAUCUCCUUCUGGCUCUUAACUAUGGAUGAUGGUGACAUUCUAUCUCCUUCUGGCUCUUAACUAUGGAUGAUGGUGACAUUCUAUCUCCUUCUGGCUCUUAACUAUGGAUGAUGGUGACAUUCUAUCUCCUUCUGGCUCUUAACUGUGGAUGAUGGUGACAUUCUAACUCCUGCUGGCUCUUAACUGUGGAUGAUGGUGACAUUCUAACUCCUGCUGGCUCUUAACUGUGGAUGAUGAUGUGGAAGAUGAAGAUUUAAAAAAGAGUGAAGUGUUCCUGUUUUGCUGUAUUAGUCGUUUGCUGGUGUUUCUGUCCCUCCGUGGAUCAUGCUCGUCAUGGUGGAUCAGGCCUUUGCUGGAUAUAUAACUGUACAGUCUCUGUGUCUAUGGCUGUCUAUGGGAUGUGCCUGUCUUUGGAGCCAAAAUGGUGGCCGUGUGGUUCUGUGCACUCCCAGGUUCCAGUUCUCCUGUCCUUGUAUCGUGCUGCACAUCAAGGCUGAACAACAACAUGACCGACCCAGUCCAAAACUCUAUAUCAGGAGAAUGGAUCUUUUUAUUAACAUCUUCCAGUCCAGAAGCGAAUGGUGAUCGUAUGUGGACUUGUUGCUCUCUGCAAGCGCUCUACCUGUGUUCCCAUGUCUUUCUAAGGGGCUAGUGUAUAUAGCUGCUGAGAAUACGGACUUGGAGGUGAAGUGUUAUAGGACACACUGCUAUCAUUGUGUUUUUACGUGCAUACAUACUGAAUGUGUUCUGUUCUCUUUGUGAAACUCUGACACACUCUUUGUUAGUCAACUAGAGCACAAGCCACCGCAAACCCCAAUGAGUUGUUUUGUGGAUUAACAAAACAUGCUAUUUUAAAUAUUAGCCCUAAUAUAUUUGAUUGGAUGUGCCAUCAGUCUUUGAUUUUGUCUUAUCUGCUUACAAACUGGCAUUGGCAAAUGCUUUCAGCGCUAAUAGAAGUGGACCAGUAGGAAUUGAAUGCAUGUACAUUUCAGAUCUGUGCCAAACAUAACAUUGUGCUUGUUUUGUCAGAGCUGUAUUCACUAGGAACGGGACAAAACGGGGAGGGACCAACCUGAAUUUGUCCAAUAGAAACUCUUGUUUUUGUUGCAAAACAUUUUCCAUUGCGGUAUGUUUUGCUACAGUGUACAAAAAUGAAUACUUCCCAGGAUGUGUUUUUCCUAACCGACAGUGUCCAUUGAUUGAAUGGUUGACUCGUUGGUCGCCUGUUAAAGUGCAAGUCACGUCUGAAUGACUGUUUCUGCAUUUUACUUACUUUUAUAUAAUUUUAUUUAAUCUUAUUUGGCAUCACUCUUAAAGGGCAUUUCUUGUUUCCUGUACAUUCCAUUCUUCAUGAAAUGCCUUCACUCCCUCUGUCUCACACACACACCACUCUCUAAGAGGGUUAUCACUUCCUGUGCGUGUAACAUGAGUAAACAUUCCCAGGGUUAACAAAGUGGAGGGAAGUAUCAGUCAUCCACUGAAUCAACAGAGCAAGUGAGAACAUGAUGUAAUUCCACUCAAUGGGACCUUUAGACUCAGACAGCUGGGUGAUGGGGGUCAACUUCUCCCGCCAGCUGGGUGAUGGGGGUCAACUGCUCCAUGGCCAGUUUCGUCUUUGUUGUUUUCCGUAUUGAAUGAGGGUGGUAAUAGUGGCGAUAGAUUAAACACUUUUUGAUUACCAGACUUCAUACAUUAAUAGGAUCCACGCUAUAUCAAAGGGAUUACAGGAGACUAUAUAGGGACUGUUAGAGAGAGAAUACAUCCCAAAAUUGCACCAUAUUCCCUAAUAUAUAUAUAUAUAUAUAUUAGUGCACUACUUUUGAGCAGGGCCAAUCGUGCUUUGGUUAAAAGUAGAGAUUAGGGUGCCAUUUGGGACGGAGACAUACUGUACUGCCAAUGGUCAUGGUACCACCAUGUUCACAUCAUGUAUUAUAGCCUAAUUAUUGUGUAUUACAUAUAAAGAGUAAUCCCACACAGUUUCCAGUUUGAUCUAAUGAAAUGUUAUGAUUCCGUCGUAUUUACAUUUUUCCAUUGAGUGAUGUUCAUCAUAGUCUAUGAUGGUAUUUUUGUUGUUGAUAUGCUUUGUCCAAGUUGGUAGCGUCUGCCUCAAUACUUUUUUUUGUGGAGACUUCUGUGCGUAUCAAAGACAUUCUAGAUGUGUGAAAUGUUCUGACUUGUUGGCUGGAUGGGAUUUGUGCCAUAGGGAUGUUUUUUGUUUUUUUCAGGGACUUGUAGAUAACGGGGAAUCUCAGCUCCUUCUAGGGUAAUGACGGUGAGUAUUGGUGUAGAACCGCCCAGAACUGAGAUCUGUCUUUUUGUGGGAUAAUAGCACCAUCUCGUGGACAUAUUGAAUAUCAAAUGAAAACAUGUACAUUAUCUGAUCACACAGUGAGUGCAUAUUGGGGAUUGCUGUGUAAUGAUUGUCCUAUAUGCUUUGAGUGCAAUCUGAACCCAAAUCAGGUGUAAAUUUUUGUUUUGCCAUCCAGAGCCUGAAUGCAAUCUACAAAUGACAUCAUAAAAGUGACUGUUGACAUUUACUGUGACUGUUUUGUAUCAUGAACUGAAUAAACAGUUGACUGACA